GAUCAAAUAGUUAACCAGGGACAAUUUAUAAUUACACUAUUACCUUGCUUGUACUGCACAACCCUUCUCUUGCUUUUAGGCUCUCCUAAGCCUAUUUCCCUCAAUGGCUUCUGCUCUGAUGAAGAUGAGGCAGUAAAGGAUUUCUUUCAGAACACCGGGUGCAGCAGGAAUCCCAUGGGUAGUUCAGUCAGUGCCACAGUUGAGGCUGUUGGAUCCUAACUGCCAGUAAGUCCAGAGGUGCUGAGCUGGCCAGUUUAACAUUUAGCAUGUCUGAGAACAGAAAGGGAACCUUUCUCCAACAGUGUAAGAAAUGCCAAAUCGACAUGAACGGAGACAUGUUAGAUUCACAUGGUGUGUGUCCUCGGUGCAGAGCUGAGGCAGGAGACGAGCACAAAGGCAAGAGGGAUUCUGCCACAAAGAAUGCAGAUGACAUCAUGGAGAGUGAGGCUGCCUACUCUGAUUUCAUCAGUUGUGAUCGGAGCGGCCGGAGAAAUGCGAUCCAUGACCUGCAAGGAGAUGCAGCUGCCCUUAACCUGGAGAAACUGGCAAGCACCAUGGAUGAUAUUGCUAUUACAGAGGAAGAACAACUUCUUUCUGCAGAAAAUCAAGUAGAGGAUGGUGCUACUGAGAAGGAAAGUGGAAUUAUGCCUAAAAGCCAAAAUAGCAGCCCGACGUUGUAAAACUUCAAAUUUAGGCUGCAGAAGAGUUGAAGGCUGCAUGGCAAAUCUUGUGGUGCUUCCAUCUGCAAAGAAAUCAAACUGCAACAAGGACAUUCUCACGUAAAGGUAUAGACCAUGGCCAUCUGGAUCUCAGACACAUUCUGUGGCAAGCAACUGGUACCUCCAAAGAAUCCUCUUUCUACAGUUCCAAAGCUGUAUUUCAAUUACCUGAGCCACUUAGAGAGCAUUACCAGCUAUUUUCCUAUAUAGGAAAACACAGCUUUGUUAAUAAGACAUACAUUUCAGACUUUAUUUUGCAAGGUACAUUUUGCUCAUGUGGUAAUUAUAAACAUUAUUUAUUCCUAUGUCCCUAUAGAUUAGAUACCUUAUUAGAUAGAUGCCUUAUUAUGCAGAUGCCACAUCUCAGACAUGACUUGAUAUCUGAAGGCUAUGUUAUGAACAAAGAAGUGAUAGGAUUAAUUCACCAGCUUCCUAAUGUGAAGCUCAAUGAAAUCAAUGGACAUUGGAUAAGGCAAACUAUGCUUUUUUACACUCCAGUUCAGUGUGGAUUGCGGAAGAAACAAUCCUCUAGACACAUUUAUCAUAUUGAAAGACAUAUGUGAAGUAUCACCAUCCUAAUCUACUGACUCAGUGGUUUUCUUCCCUACCAUGGAGGAAAAGAUUAAAAUUCAUAGGUGCAUACACACAUAUACCAAAGCUGGUUCAGCACUGCUAAACAGGAGCACUUCAAAAUUUGGUUUAAUAACAGUUUAGAAAAAGGGGGAGUGUUCUAUCUUUUAAACAAACUCAUAACAUUCUACAGAGUUCAGUUGUUUGGUGAAGUUUUAUAUCCCAUUAACACGCAUGUGUUGUGUUGAAAUGUAUAUGCAAAUUGACAAAUCCAUUUUCAAGCAAUUAAAACUAAUGUAGUUUCUUGUCA